CCCCCCCCCCCCUCUCUCUCUCUCUCAAGUUAAAAAAAAAAGAAAAACUACAAGACAUUAACAAAAGAAAUUGGAGAAAAUACAAGUAAAUGGAAAGAUAUCCUAUUCUUAUGGAAUGGAAGAAUAUUGUUAUAAUGUUUAUACCACCAAAAGCAAUAUACAGAUGAAUGCAAUCUCUAUCAAAAUUUCAAUGGCGUUUUUCAAAGAAACAGAACAAACCUAAAACUUGUAUAGAACACAAAAAAUCUCAAAUAGCCAAGGCGAUAUUGAGAAAGAACAACAAAGCUGGAGGCAUCACACUCCCUGACUUCGAACUAUAUUACAAAGCUAUAGUAAUUAGAUGGCAGAGUAGGGGGACCCUAAGUUUGCCCCAUUCCACAGAUACAACUAGAUAACACUCAUAUUGGUAUAAUAGUCCAAAAAAUGAUCUGGAGACUGGCAGAACAAACUCCACAACUAAAGGUAGAGGAGAGGGCACAUGGAGAAAAGUAGGAAGAGUGAAGACACAGUCUGAGAGUGAAUGGACUGUACUGGUCCAUGGUGGGGAGGGAGCUGGUGGUAGAAAAGGGUGAAAAACAGAGUUUCACAUCAGGAAACCCAGAAAUGGGGAGACAAACCCCAUAACAUUUGUCUUUGAGAGAGGGGCCAAAUUUCAUUGAGUUCUUACAACCAUUGGGACUUAAACCCUGGAAUUUUAAAAAUUGGUGAACUCAGCUCUGGGAGAGCUCAGAGGGUGUUAGGAAGUGGAGUCCCUGCCCUUAAAGAGACAGCAUAACAAACAGCCUGUGCAGAUACAGUGUACAACCAGCAGUUUGAAAAAUGCCAGGGGCAGACAGGAGAGACAGUAAUUUGCUCAACGUGGAGUGUGGCCCUAAGAGACAGGGAUCAUAGAGAGACCGCUUCAGAAACAAAGGAGCUGGCAGGUGCCACUUCCCUUCCCCCACCCCUCACCAUAAACAACAGCCAUCUGUGGGAACUAGUGCAGCAUCAACACGUGUUACCUAACUUGCUUAUACCAAGUCCCAUGUACCCCCUGAGCUUCAGCGGAUCUGCCCUUCCCAGUCACGCUCCCCUUAGUUCCAGCACUGCAGGCCCCCUUCCCCAGAGGACAGUCACAAACUCUGCCAACACCACAUCUCCUGACCUGCACAUUUUGUGGACCUCAGUUCUGGUGGUUGUGGGAGUAGAUCACAUUUUGCGAGCAGACCACUGCACGCCUUGUUAAAGCAUACCCCACCCCUAUUGGGGACCAAACACUACACACAAUAGGCAAAGAGAGCCUCUGCAGACAAUUGGACAGAAGAAAAAAGAGGCCAAGAUUCAAUAGCAGAGCAUACACAACACAUAGGAGACACUCCGUGAAGCACCAGGCCUGGGGGAACAGGGAGACACUGCAAUGCAAGGCACUACAAGAACUUUUCUUCAUAAAGCUAUUAUCAAGAGCAAGAGAAGUAGCCGACUCUCCUAACACAAAAACAGACACGGAGUUAGACAAAAUGAGGCGACAGAGAAAUAUGUCUCAAAUGAAAUAACAGGACCAAACCGCAGCAAGAGACCUAAAUGGAUAUAAGAGAUACACUUGAUAGAAAAUUUAAAGUAAUGAUCAUAAAGAUACUCACUGGACUUGAGAAAAUAGUAGAGGACAUCAGUGAGACCCUUAACACAGAUUAAAAAAACCAAUCAGAGAUCAAGAACACAAUAAAUGAAAUUAAAAAUACAUUUGAUGGAAUAAAUAGCAGUCUAGAUGAAGGAGAGGAAUGAAUUAAUGACCUUGAAGACAACAGACUAGAAAGUAACCAAGCUGAAAAAAGGAGAGGAAAGAAAAUUACACAAAUUGAGAAUAGUCUUAGGGAACUUAGUGACUCCAUCAAGUAUAAUAACAUUUGUAUUAUAGGGAUCUCAGAAGAAGAACAGAGAGAAAAUGGGGUAGAAAAUUUAUCUGAAGAAAUAAUAGCUGAAAACUCCCCUAAUCUGGGAAAGGAAGUGGAGAUCCAGAUCCAGGAGGCACAGAGAUCCCCCAGAAUUCAACCCAAGGAGGUUCACACCAAGACAUACAGUAAUUAAAAUGACCAAAAAAAAAAAAAAAAAGGCAGUGAUAAAAAAUUUUAAAGCACCAAGUGAGAAAAAGACAAUUACAUACAAAGGAAACUCCAUAAGGCUAUCAGUGGGUUUUUCAGCAGAAACAUUACAGGCUAGAAAGGAGUGGCAUGAUAUAUUCAAAGAGGUGAAAGGGAAAAAAUUUCAGCCAAGAAUACUUUCUCCAUCAAGGCUACUAUUCAGAAUAGAAGGAGAGAUAGAAUUUCUCAAACAAAAACCAAAGGAGUUCAUGACCACUAAACCAGCCCUACAGGAAAUAUUAAAGGGGACUCUUUGAGUGGAAAGGAAAGACCAUAAGUGAGAGUAUGAAAAGUAAAAAAACAAAGGCAGUAAAAAUAAGUAUUUCUGUAAAAAUCAGUCAAGAGAUUCAUAAAAUAAAAGGAUAUAAAAUAUGACAACAUAUACCUAAAAGGUGGUGGGGAGAGGAGUAAAGAAUGAGCUCAAGCUAACACAACCAUCAAACUGAUAUAGACAGAAGAUGCUAUACACAACCCUAAUGGUAACCAUAAAUCCAAAAUCAGUAAUAGAUAUGCAAAGAAUAAAGAGAAAAGAAUCCAAGUAUAUCACUAAAAAAAAGCUAACUAAUCAGAAGAGAGCCAAGGAAGAAAGGAACAAAGAACUACAAAAACAACCAUGAAGCAAGUAACAAAAUGCCAAUAAAUACAUAUCUAUCAAUAAUUACUUUGAAUGUAAAUGCGCUAAAUGCUUCAUUCAAAAGACACAGGACAACAGAGUGGAUUAAAAUAAUAAUAAUAAUAAUAAUAAUAAUAAUAACAAGACCCCCCAAAAAGACCCAUCUAUAUGCUGUGUACAAGAGACUCAUUUCAGACUGAAAGACAUCUGCAGAUUGAAAGUGAAGGGAUGGAGCCCCACCCAAUCAGAGGCACAGCAGGCUCAUGACUCCAGGCCUGGACGUCAGAGCUAAGAAGUGUUCAGAACCCAAGUCAUGGAUCCACCUAUGCGUAAAGAAAAUUCCAAAGUUAAACAACCUGUCAGCAAAGUUGAGAAGGCCAAGCAGAAAUCAGCCCAGCAGGAGCUGAAGCAAAGACAAAGAGCAGAGAUCUAUGACCUCAACAGAGUCAUGACAGAACCUGAGCAGCAAGAGUUCGAUGAGUUCUGUAAACAGAUGCAGCCAUCUGGAGAGUGAGCCACUCCUUGUUCAAACUAGAUGGGACCCCAGAGGCUUUGUCUGCCAGCUUGUUACUAGUUUUAGGCUGAGAUGGUUCAUUUGGAACCGUACAGAACUAGACAGGAAGACAUUUGUGUUAUCCCUAAAACUGGAUAAAUCUGAACUUACUGCAUGUAACGUUGGCUUCACUGAUUUCUCCAGUCUGAAUUAUCUCAGUACUUACUGAAGAGACUUGUUUUAUUCUUCUUAGACAAUAGAUUUUUUAUAUGUUUCCAUUGUUUGAGAAAAAUCAGUGUUUCUUGUGAAACUGUAGAUCUCCAAAAGUAUAAAUAAAAUACUAAUAAAAAAAAAAGUGAGGGCAUGGAGAAACAUUCAUUAUGCAAAUGGAUGCCAGAAGAAAGCUAGGAUAGCAAGUCUUAUAUUGGAACAAAUGGAUUGUAAAACAAUGAAUGUAACAAGAGACAAAAAAGGACACUAUUUAUUAAUAAAGGGGACAAUCUAACAAGAGGGUAUAAUAAUUGUAAAUAUUUAUUCACCCAACAUGGAAAUACCCAAAUACAUAAAACAGUUAAUACCAAACAUAAAGGAAUUAAUUUAUAGUAAUAAAAUAAUAGUAGGGGACAUUAACACUCCACUUAUAUCAUCCAAACAUAAAAUCAACAAAAAAACAGUGGCUUUGAAUGACACACUGGACAGAUGGAUGUAACAGACAUAUUCAGAGCAUUCCAUCAUAAAACAGCAGAAUACACAUUCUUUUCAAGUACACAUGGAACAUUCUCCAGAACAGAUCACAUAUUAGGCCACAAAACAAGUCUCAACAAAUUCAAAAAAAAAAAAUCUAAGUUAUACCAUGCAUCUUUUCUGACCACAACGCUAUGAAACUAGAAAAAGAAAAAAAUCUGAAAAGACCACAAAUACAUGGAGUUUAAAUAACAUGCUACUAAACAGUGAAUGGGUCAACCAAUAAAUCAAAAUAAAUAAAUAAGUAAAUUACAUGGAAACAGAUGAAAAUGAAAACACAACAUCCUAAAUCUUCGGGAUGCAGCAAAAGUUGUUCUAAGAGGGAAGUUCGUAGCAUCAUGGGCCCACCUCAAGAAGCAAGAAAAACCACAAACAACCUAAUCUUACACCCAAAAGAGCUAAAGAAAAAACAAACAAAACCCAAACCCAGCAAAAGGAAGGAAAUAAUAUAAGAUUAGAGCAGAAAUAAAUGAUAUAAAAACUAUAAAUAAAUACAUAAAUAAAUACAUAAAUAAAUAAAACCAGGAGAGAAAGAGAGAAAGAGAGACAAUGCAGUUAAAAUCACCAGUGAAAGGGGUGCCUGGGUGGCUCAGUUGGUUAAGUGUCUGACUUCCACUGAGGUCAUGAUCUUACCACUCAUGAGUUUGAGCCCCACGUCGGGCUCUGUGCUGACAGCUCAGAGCCUGGAGCCUGGUUUAGAUUCUGUGUCUCCCUCUCUCUCUGUCCCUCCCCCACUGGUGCUCUGUCUGUCUCUCAGAAAUAAAUAAAUGUUAAAUUUUUUUUUAAAAAAAUCACCAGUGCAAGAAGAGAAAUAACAAUCAACACCACAGAAACACAAAAUAAUUGUAACAAUAUUAUGAAAAUAAAACGUAUAUGCCAACAAAUGGGAUAACUUAGAAGAAAUGGGUAAAUUCCGAAAACAUAUACCCUCUAAAACAAAAGCAGGAAGAAAUAGAAAAUUUGAACAGACCAAUUACCAGCAACAAAAUUGAAUCAGUAAUCAAAAAUUCCCAAAAA